AUGGAGGAAGGUGUUGUCCGCCACACGCACGUGGACCCUUUUCAUCUCCCAGUAGGGGACGAGGUGAAAGAUGUCGCGUAUGCGUUGGAGGAUACUGCUUUGAAUGCGUUCGAUGGGGUGUGCACAAAGCAGGAUGGGCAAGACAAUAAGGAUCAUGAGGCCUCCUCACUGUCGUCAGCUGAUGCGCUCUUGGGGGAGCGACAGCGUCGCAACAGGCUGCUCCUUGAGGAGAUUCUCAGUAACUCUCUACUUGCGACACGGUCACGCGAGCUGAGUGCGUACAGGUGCUAUGCUGCCUCUUCAGAGAUAUCCCAAGACCCUAGGGUUUUCCGAAACUUCAGCAGCUACGUUGUUGAUCCCAGAAAGAUUAAGCUAAAUGCUGUGGAUGUGUUACUGAUGCGUGCGGCACAAAAGGCCUCUGAAAAGGGAUCUAAAGGAGCCAAGAAAGUGCAGUUGCUUCAAAGUUUGCCGCAACAACUGAAUGUUCCGUUUGCCAGCCAGUGCGAGUUUUGCCGAAAAUUUGAUUCGCUAUGUAGCAACUGUCAUUGCAAGUGGAAGGAGACCCUCCUAAAACGACGACAUAAUGUAGCGCUUCAAAGUUAUUGUAAACUUCCAGAGGACAGGCGUUCUGCCUUGCUUUUUAUGACAGCCGCCUACGGUAUAGGGGAGUUUGCUGCGAUGCAACUGGACUUUGAUGGUGAGAAGUGUCUUCACUGGCGUUCUUUUUUUUUCCUCUAUCGAAUAGUACGCCAGAGCAAUACCAUGAUUUUGCCAUGA